AUGGACACGAACGACGACGACGAUCACCCGUAUAUCAACGAAGAAACUGAGAUCGGGCACAGCACGGUCCAAGUUCGCUGCGCGCCGGCUCAACGAAUAGUUCCGCCACUCAAUUUCUGCCCUGUCGAAAGAUAUUUGUACCGGUCAGGUCAACCGUCGCCGGUCAAUUUUCCGUUUUUGCUCGACUUGCAGCUUAAGACCAUAAUAUGGCUUGCCAACGAAGAACCACAGGACACGCUAUUGGAGUUUUGCGACGCGCAUUCGGUACAGUUGCAGUUCGUCACGAUCAACCCAGAUGGUGGGGAGGACGAUAAUCCGUGGGACGGACUCACGGAACACAGCAUUGUGACCGCUCUGCAGCUUAUCGUGCAAGCUCAGAACUACCCUCUGCUGGUGUGCUGUGGAAUGGGCAGACAUAGAACUGGGACCGUGAUUGGGUGUUUACGCCGAAUCAUGGGGUGGAACUUGGCGUCCGUAUCUGAAGAAUACCGGAGAUUCACGGGUAGCAGAGGCGGCCGAAUCCUGGUAGAAUUGCUGAUCGAGGCAUUUGACACGGGUUUGGUGAAGAUCAAUCGCGCAGACGCGCCUCGGUGGCUCCAAAGCGUUGGCGGGAUGGAGACGAAGAGAUGA